AAUCCUACUCCUAAUAAACUUGUUAUUAUUCUUGAUGAUGCCACGUUAUAACAAUGAAUAAAAUUACACCACGUCCCAACAAUUACACGUUUAACAUGGUAUUUAUUUUAGGUUAGAGGGUAGAUCACUUUUUUUUUUGACAAUAAAAAAAAAAAAAAAAAAAAAAAAAAAAAAAAAAAAAAAAAAAGAAAAAAAAAAGAGAGAUCUCUAAAUUAUUAAGAAGUGUCAAAAUACCGACAAAUCAAAUCAAAAUCAAUGGCGCUUCUUCUUCAGCAAAAUCAACCUCUUUUCAUGCUCCCUUAAAUUUCACACAAUUUAAGGAGCAUUAUUUUUUACUUCUUUACCUACUUAAAUUUUUAUUUUUUUUUUCAAUUUUCAGCUUUAAGUUUGUUGUACAAAUUUGAAUUUUUUUUUUAUAGUUUUAUAUAUUUUCCCCUAAAUUAGAUUUCUCAUAUUUUUAGGGUUUUUUUUUUUCCUAUCUCCCCCAUAUCUUUGUUUUCUUCGGAGAUUUGGGGGAUUUUGAUUACUGUUUUGAUCGAGAGAGAUCUGCUGAAUUUGGGGCUAUAGAUACAAUCAAUUUUGAAAUUUGAAUUGCAAUUUUGGGGUGUGAUUCGAUCUGUUCAGACGAUUUUGUUUGGGCGGACUGGAUCAGAAUCAAAUUACCAACAAAUCUAAUCAGAUUAAUUUUGAUUGCGCUAAUUUUGGGUGAAAAUUGAAGGGUUUUGAAGGGGUUGGAAUUUUGAAUGUGGGUUGUGUAAUGCUGAAUUAAAGGGGCGGAUUUUAUUCUGGAGAUGGCAUCUGCUCAAGUUUUAUCUAAACCAGCUGUUUCGUCCCGGAAAAAGAAGGAUUUGGAAGCUGGUAGACGCUUGCUGGAAGAGUUCAAAAAGAAGAGAGGAGCUUCAAAAAAGCAAGCAUCAAGUAUCCAACCUCGUACAGAUGAUGAUACACCACCUACGAAACAAACUUCAGGAUAUGGACAAGCGUCGUCUGACAAUUCUGGCAAUGCUCAUACAGACAGUAGUUCCGAUGCAGUAACUGGAGCUUCUGUUUAUACUGAACACAGUGACAAAUCAUAUGUUUUCACUCGAUAUAAUGGGUCUGAUUCGGUUCCUCAUGCACACAUUGAUACCCAAAGUGAUAAUUCUUGCUCACCUGAUUUGCUUCAGAAGCUUCCAAAACAAGCGGGAAAUAGUCAUGAGAUUCCAGCUUCAAACUACCAAGCAGGUUCUGACUUCUCACAACAAACAGAUGACAGUAUUGGAAACUUUGGGACGGGUACAGGAAGUGGAAGAUUUGCAGAUGCAAUAUCAUCUAGCAGACCCAGUGCUUCUCAAGUUUAUAAUAGUAGUGAUUCUCACUCAAAAUUCUAUGGAUAUGAUAAUGACUUUAGUUCUUCUGCAAGCUUUGCUAAUACUAUCGGAAGCACCAAUGAUAUUGCUGCAAAAGUCUCUACCGAGGGCCAAGUCACCAGUGUUUUACAUCAGGAGUCUGAUUCUGUUCGCUCACGUUUGGAUUUGCCAGAAUCUGCAUCAGAGUUUGGUCAUAGCUUUCUGAAGUCGAAGAAUCAUUUUGGGUUGGAGGAAAGACAACCUAGUAAUGUAGUGGGGAAUUUGGCAGGUUAUGGAAAUCAAUGGCCAUCUGAAACACGUUCCAUAGGUUUCAACUCUAACACCAGCAGUUUAUUUAAUGGCCCCUCGCAUUCAGUUGUGGCUGAACCAUAUCCCAGAAGAUCUCGUCCUUCUUUCCUUGAUUCUCUUAACAUUGUUAAAGAUUCUUCUGCAUCUAGCCGCCCUUUUGUUGAGAAUGACAAGUUCAUGAAUGCAAAGGUUCCUAGUAGCAAUAUUGCUGAAUCGUCUGCAAUUCAUGAUCCUUCUACAGCAUAUGCUCCUGUUGAACCCCUUUCAACAUCAGUUUAUUCUAAUCCAAGUGAUGGUUUCUUCAGCGAUGUGUCAAAGGGGCACAAAUCAUUUGAGCACAACCUGGAGAGUAAGCUAGAAUUCACUUCCCAGAAACAAAAUGAAGAUUUUGCUGCAUUGGAGCAGCACAUUGAAGAUUUGACGCAAGAGAAGUUUUCUCUGCAGCGUACAUUAGAGGCCUCUAAAACUUUGACAGAGUCAUUAGCUGCUGAGAAUUCUUCUUUGACAGAGAGCUAUAAUCAGCAGGCAAGCAUUGUGAGCCAGUUAAAGGCUGAGAUGGAAAGAUUGCAGGAUGAUAUAAAGUCCCGGCUGGUUGAGCUUGAGGCUAUCAAGUCUGAAUAUGUGAACGCACAACUUGAGUGCGAUGCUGCUGAUGAGCGCGCAAAACUUUUGGCUUCUGAAGUUAUUAGCUUGGAAGAGAAGGCCCUUAGAUUAAGAUCUAAUGAGCUGAAGUUGGAGAGGGAGUUGGAAAACUCAAAUGCUGAAGUUGCUUCCUACAAGAAGAAAAUGUCUAGCCUUGACAGAGAACGUCGAGAUUUGCUGCAGACUAUUGAUGCCUUACAGGAAGAGAAAAAGCUGCUUCAGUCUAAAUUAAGGACAGCUUCAGCUAGUAAAAUUUCUAUUGAGUCUAGUAAGGGGCAUGAGAAAAAAGAUGCUUCAACUUCUACCAAUGAUUUAGGUGAAACUGCUGGAGAUAGCUCUGAACAAGCUUCAUCCAACAUGCAAGUGGUUGACAAUGCAGACAACUUGCUGCUUUUACAAAAUAAUUUAGCUGGUCAUGAUGAUUUUGCUAUGAGUAUCCCUCCAGACCAAAUGCAAAUGAUACAAAAUAUCAAUUCACUAAUUAGCGAGAUAAUAUCAGAAAAGGAGGAAUUGAUGCAAGCUUUGAUUACUGAAGUUUCAACAAGUACUAAGCUGAAGGAAUUGAACAAGGAGCUAUCUCAGAAGCUUGAAGUUCAGACUCAGCGACUGGAGCUGUUGAUGUCCCAAAGCAUGGCAAGUGAGAAUAUUGCUGCCAAGCAGCCUACUGCUUCUAAUGUACGGGAAACUGUUGCAUAUGCAGAUGAAGGCGACGAGGUGGUGGAGCGAGUGCUAGGAUGGAUAAUGAAGCUAUUUCCUGGAGGACCGUCAAAGCGAAGAACCAGCAGACUCUAAGUUGAGUAUAAAGCUUGGAUAAUUCAUUGUCCUUCAUAUUCGCAUUUUGAGGGCUAGAGUAUAGAGGAUAAAUAUUGUAUAUCAUGUGUGACAUUUUGUUUAUUCUUUUCAGUUAAGGAAGCAUUUGAAAAUGAGCAAUUUCUUAGAUAAUUAGAUUGUUUGGGAAAUUUAUUUACACAAUUUAUUUGACACAAGACAAUAAUUCCAUUUCUUUGUACUUUAUAUUUCUUAUAAAGGCUAGUUUCUUUUUAUCUGAUGCAUGGUGGAAAAUGUGGUCACCACCAGAUAUACUGAAGGACAAUUCUAUUAUGUAUGAGCGUUUUUUGAUAGAAGAUGUACACACGUUUUGACUGCCUUA